GACGUCGCCGCCCGGGCCCCCUCCUCGGCCCCGGGGUACCCCGCAGCUCUCCAGUUUGGACAAACUGGGAGAGGAUUGGCCGGCCAGCGCUACCGUGCACAGGCAAAACAAGCACCGCCCGGGCUUGGAAUUGCCCGGGACCUUCUGGAGCCCCCACCUCGGAGCCCGAGGGAGGAGAAAACGGCAGCCGCUGGAGUGCCUGAUCAACUUUCUAGCAGGAGAACGAUCAUGGAGGUGGUGCCAGCCGAGGUGAAUAGUUUGCUUCCAGAGGAGAUAAUGGACACUGGUAUAACUUUAGUGGAUGAUGAUAGUAUUGAGGCUGUUAUUGUUUCAUCCCCAAUUCCCAUGGAGACAGAACUGGAAGAAAUUGUCAACAUAAAUUCUACUGGUGACUCUACAGCCACGCCCAUUUCCACGGAACCAAUCACAGUGUACAGUAACCACACUAACCAAGUUGCAGUGAAUACCACAAUUACUAAAGCAGAUUCUAAUACCACAGUGAAACCAGCUUUUCCAAGUGGCCUUCAAAAACUUGGUGCUCAGAAUCCUGUGACUAUAUCAGCCAAUCAGAUUAUUUUAAACAAAGUAUCACAGACAUCUGAUCUUAAACUUGGCAAUCAGACCCUUAAACCAGAUGGACAGAAGUUAAUUUUAACAACUUUGGGCAAGUCUGGUUCACCAAUUGUUCUAGCACUACCCCAUAGCCAACUACCCCAGGCUCAGAAAGUUACAACUCAGGCCCAGUCAGGAGAUGCUAAGUUACCACCGCAGCAGAUUAAAGUAGUUACCAUUGGAGGGAGGCCAGAGGUGAAACCUGUCAUUGGUGUCUCAGCACUGACCCCAGGAAGCCAGCUGAUUAAUACUACAACUCAGCCCUCUGUGUUACAGACCCAACAAUUAAAAACAGUACAGAUUGCUAAGAAGCCUCGAACACCAACCUCUGGCCCAGUAAUCACGAAGCUGAUCUUUGCAAAACCAAUUAAUAGUAAAGCAGUUACAGGACAGACAACUCAAGUCUCCCCUCCAGUCAUUGCAGGGAGGGUUCUGUCACAGUCUACUCCUGGAACUCCAUCAAAGACCAUAACAAUAUCUGAAAGUGGUGUUAUUGGAUCAACUUUAAAUUCUACAACACAGACACCAAAUAAAAUAGCCAUCUCACCUUUGAAAUCACCAAAUAAGGCAGUGAAGUCAACUGUGCAGACCAUCACUGUUGGAGGAGUGAGCACAUCACAGUUUAAAACAAUCAUUCCUCUGGCAACUGCUCCCAAUGUCCAGCAGAUUCAAGUGCCUGGAAGCAAGUUUCAUUAUGUUCGUCUUGUUACUGCCACAACAGCCAGUAGCUCAACUCAGCCAGUCAGUCAGAAUCCCAGUACGAACACUCAGCCUCUUCAGCAAGCAAAGCCAGUGGUUGUUAAUACAACCCCAGUGCGGAUGUCAGUUCCAAUUGUCUCAGCUCAGGCUGUCAAACAAGUUGUUCCCAAACCAAUCAACCCAACUUCACAGAUCGUAACUACUAGCCAGCCACAGCAACGGCUUAUCAUGCCUGCCACACCACUGCCGCAGAUUCAGCCCAAUCUCACCAACCUGCCACCAGGCACUGUCCUGGCGCCAGCCCCGGGAACGGGGAAUGUGGGCUAUGCAGUGCUUCCAGCUCAGUAUGUUACUCAGCUACAGCAGUCUUCAUAUGUGUCUAUAGCAAGCAACUCUAACUUCACUGGAACAUCUGGUAUCCAGACCCAGGCAAGGCUUCCAUUCAACGGUAUAAUCCCAUCAGAGUCUGCCAGUCGACCCAGAAAGCCCUGUAACUGUACAAAAUCGCUAUGUUUGAAAUUAUGGGAGGUCAACAACAUCUCGAUGGCAAAAAUAAUGUGUUCCUCAAUAUGCAAAUGUAUUGGCUGUAAGAAUUUUGAAGAAAGCCCAGAAAGAAAGACCUUGAUGCACUUGGCAGAUGCGGCUGAAGUAAGGGUACAGCAGCAAACUGCAGCAAAGACCAAGUUAUCUUCUCAGAUUUCGGACUUGCUUACUAGGCCAACACCUGCUUUGAAUAGUGGAGGAGGAAAAUUGCCAUUUACAUUUGUGACUAAAGAAGUAGCUGAAGCCACGUGUAAUUGCCUUCUUGCCCAGGCAGAGCAGGCAGACAAGAAGGGAAAAUCAAAGGCAGCAGCUGAAAGGAUGAUACUUGAGGAAUUCGGACGAUGUUUGAUGAGCGUCAUCAACUCGGCAGGAAAAGCAAAAAGUGACCCUUGUGCUAUGAAUUGCUAACUCUUAACACAAAAGCCUGAUAAAAUGGAACAGUACAGAAAAUUUAAGGUGCAAGGACACUUGAUUUUUCUGGAAGAUAGUUUAACAAUUACUGUAUUUUAAUUCAGUCCUUGUUUUGAGAGACACUGAAAGAGAAGAAAUUUUAAAUGAGGAAAUUAGCAUGUUUUAUAUCUUAGUUAAAUCAGCUUAUGCCCUUCUAAAUUGACGUUUUCUUUAUUGUAUUAUAUAGAUUUUUAAUUUGCUUGGGUUUUUUAAGAAUUAGAUGUUUUAUCCCUCUGAUUCUAUUGGCAAAGAACAUUUAUAAAUUACCAUAAUUUAUAAUGUAUGGUGUUGUAUGACUUUGUUCCGUAGAGAAAGCCAAAGCAGCAGUGGUUAUUAUCCAGCCAUCCUUUGAGUCUAGAUCUAGAAUAUAUUCAGAUAGAAUGUCUAAUAUAAAAAAAUUCUUAAGAAAUAUACUCAGAAGUUGCAUUUAGUAAAUAACAUUUUGCAUUUAGUAAAUCACUGUUAAAGAAAAAUCAGGUUUUUAGGGUGGAUUCUGGAAUAAUAUCCUCUUGUUGCUUUGGGAAUGUCAGAAGGGAAGCAAUCCCCAGGCACACUUUUAAAAUUCAAAAAAAAAAUUUUUUUUUAAACAUACAAAAUAUUAAGGGACAAUAAAUGAUACUCCGAGGAUGGACAGUUAUAUAAUAAGUUUCUAUAAUAAGGAAUGGCUAACAAAUGCUCUGGGAUGUCUCCCAUUUUCUUUCAAAGAGGUGGUAUGCAUUUGAAAUGAUAAUAAAUUGUCAAAGUGAUUCCUGGGUACUAUUAAUAUAAGAGGUGUGUAUAAGAAGUAAACUUAUAAUGUAGUGAUAAUAUAGAACCUUACAUAAUUAUCAAGUAUAAAAUUAGGUCUAGAUGAAGAAAUAAAGAAUAUGGAAGCUAUAAGAGAUGAAUUUGGAGAAGGACUUUUCAUCUAUACAAAUAGUUCUCUUUGUAGACUUUUGAACUAAGAAGUUUGAAAUACAUGAUUCUUACUUGAUUUCUGGGCCUCCUAACCAAGCUUGCAAAAUUAUAGUGGGAAAAAUUUUAUAAGGGAAGUUUCAUAUGGGAUUACUUUUACCCAGUGAUUUGGUAAGCUAAAGGUAUGAGUACUUCUCUAUAAUUACUAAAUCUAAAUCAUUUUCAGUAAUUCUAAAGCUCUAUGAAUUUAGGAGCCUCUUAUGAUGGGACUCUUGAUUUUAUGACGACAAAAAACCAUGUUGGAAUUCAGGCGUUUUGUUGGGUACCUUAAUCCUCAGUAAUUAUUAGUGUAUGAUUAUUACAUUUCCUACAAGGACUCUCUAGUUUGUAUGUAGUGUGUAUAUAUGUUCAUAUGAACAGGCAAGGUAUAGGUGAUAGAAAUUAAGUCAUCCAAAAGAGGAUUCCGUUAUUCAUAAAAGUAUCUUCCUUUUGAAAUUUGGAUUUAUAAAAUUAUAGUGCAGUAACUUUAAGUGUAGAUAGUGCGAACAUUCUUAGCACCUCAAUCUAGUAUGUUUAAUUAAAAUUUGUAUAAAUGUAAAUUAGUGU